UAUUAGUUUAAAAAUCGAAUAAAUAAUGUAUCGUUAUCAAAUUUCUAAAAUAAUGUUAGAAUUCCCGCGCAGAAUCAUCAACAGAAUUGAUACUGAUACUCAUAAGUAGAGGUUAGAGAAACGAUAGGGAUUACGAUUAAACUUUGUCAAGUUUUAAUUUUAGGUUAAGAACAGUUUGAACUAAUAUGUCAUCUGCAUUAUAAACGUGUUUCAUAAAUUAUUAAAUUUUUUGUAAAAAUAUUAUACGUGUAACCGAUAUGAUAAAAAAUAAAAUAAAUAUAAUAUAACUUGUAAUCUCUCAUUAAAUAUUAAAUACGAAGCCUUAAGAUGAAAAUAAAAAUGGCGUAUUUCGUUGUGCGAUUAUCAGCUGAUUGUAAGGUUUUGAAGUAUUUUUUACUAUGUGACGUAUAAAAACAGUGCAUUCGUUGGCAUAAGUGAAUCGAUGAAUAUAUACGAUGGCUUUAACAACGAGAUUAUCUUUAAAAACAAUACGUUUACCAUAUCAUUAUCAUAAUUUAUUUAUUGUAACAUUAUUUUUGUUUACAUUGAUUAUUAUAUUAAUAGCAGCAUAUCAUGCUUUUAAAUAUGGUGAUGCUCCACAAAAUUCAAUUUACAAUGCUAUUGUUUUAAGCAACAUUAAUACGCUACCUACUGAAGUUUUAAAUGCGGAUUCUCCAGCAGCUGAUAUUACAAAUUCUUCAUGUACAUAUUUCAAUUGUUUUAAUGUAUAUCGUUGCGGUAGUAGAGGUAAUAAACCUUUAGUAUACGUAUACCCACCUAAAAUAUAUUUGGAUGGACUACAUAAACCAAUAACUAGUCAAAUGACUAAAGAAUUUUAUCAAAUUUUAAAUGCUCUUGUGUCAAGUAAGUUUUACACUUCUAAUCCUCAUGAAGCAUGUAUAUUUAUUCCCUCCAUUGAUACUCUCAAUCAGAAUAGAUUAAAAUUACAAGAAGUAUCACAGGCAUUGAAAACAUUACCCUUUUGGAACGGUGGAGAAAAUCAUUUGAUAUUCAAUAUGGUACCAGGAAGCGUUCCAGAUUUUAAUACAGUCCUUGAUGUAUCUGUUGGUAAAGCUAUGAUUGCUGGAGCUGGAUUAUCAACAUUAACUUAUAGAUCUGGAUUCGAUAUCAGUUUACCUGUUUAUAGUCCAUUUUUAGAUAAUUUUAAUAGAAACAAUAACAUUAAAAGAACAUGGUUACUUAUGUCCUCUCAAAUUAAUAUCAAUUCUAUUUUUGAACAAGAUUUAAUGGAACUUAAAAGUUCUUUUCCCAAAGAAAUAUUAUUACUCGGACCAUGUUUACAAUAUAAUCCCAUGAACAAUACUGUACGUUGUUCUGGAAAAGAUGUUUAUAAGUAUCCUACUGUAUUACAGACUGCUACAUUUUGUUUUGUAAUACGCGGAGCAAGACUAGGACAAAGUGUUUUAUUAGAAGCUAUGGCAACUGGUUGUAUACCAGUAAUCGUUGCAGAUUCACUAGUUAUGCCAUUUUAUGGAACAAUUGAUUGGACAAGAGCAGCAAUAUUUGUACGUGAGAUAGAUGUAUUACAAGUAAUAUCAAUAUUAAAGAAAAUAUCUCAACAAAGAAUCGUAGAAUUACGAGAGCAAGGUACAUGGCUGUAUAAAAGAUAUUUUAAGUCGAUGCAAAAAAUAACUGAUACAACCUUGGAGAUAUUAGCAGAUCGUGUAUUUUCAAAUAUUGCGAGGAAUUAUGUAUAUUGGAAUGUACCUCCUUAUAAGGAUAAUAUGUCUCCACUUUUUUUACCAUUGACUGCACCCAAGACAAGAGGAUUCACAGCUGUUAUAUUAACUUAUGACAGGCUAGAAUUAUUGUUUCUUUUAAUCAAUAAAAUUGUCAAAGUGCCAAGUUUAUCCAAAGUCUUAGUUAUUUGGAACAAUCAACAAAAAGAUCCACCUCAUUCUUCAAGAUGGCCAAAAUUAACUAAACCAUUAAAAGUUAUUCAAACUAAAGAAAAUAAAUUAUCAAACAGAUUUUAUCCGUAUGACGAAAUAGAAACAGAAGCAGUACUUUCUAUAGAUGAUGAUAUUAUUAUGUUAACAACUGAUGAAGUAGAAUUUGCUUACGAAGUUUGGAGAGAAUUUCCAGAUAGGAUAGUUGGAUUUCCAUCUCGUAUUCACAUGUGGGAUAACACUACUAAUUGUUGGAAAUAUGAGAGUGAAUGGACCAAUAGUAUUUCUAUGGUUUUAACUGGUGCUGCCUUCCAUCAUAAGUAUUGGAAUUAUAUGUAUACAACUGCUAUGCCAGGUGACAUUAAAGAAUGGGUAGAUGAACAUAUGAAUUGUGAAGAUAUAGCCAUGAAUUUUUUGGUCGCAAAUACUACAGGAAAAGCACCAAUAAAGGUAACACCAAAAAAGAAGUUUCGGUGUCCAGAGUGUACAAAUACUGAAAUGCUGUCUGCAGAUUUAACGCAUAUGGUUGAACGUACACAAUGUAUUAACAAAUUUUCAUCCAUUUAUGGAACUAUGCCGUUAAAAUCCAUUGAGUUUCGUGCUGAUCCAGUACUUUUCAAAGAUGUAUUUCCCGAAAAAUUGAAAAGAUUUAAUGACAUUGGAAGUUUAUAAUAUCUUAUAAGUAUAAUUAAUUAGACUUGAUAAU